GAUCUGGUUAACAGACAGCACAUCUUCUUCCGAUUAUGUUCUCACUUAAUUUCAUUUAGUGACAUAUCUUCUCAUCUUCAGACUCAUACGGAACACAGGGGGCAACUUUUGUUUCAGCCGAAUGAGAAAACAAAUAUCACGAUGGAAAGUUCCCGCUGAACCGAACGGAAAUGGCCAAAUAUCUGCACAUCAAUCAAAAUCGCAGCUGUCACAUUUUUAUUGGACGAUGCCACUCUUUAGCAACAAACAGAUCUGUCCCAGUCAUAGACACUGGUUAAUAUCAAAGGAUACGUUAAUCAAACAAUAAGCGAAAACAAGAGAAAAGGCUGGAAACCUGAGAUAAAAAUCAAAAGGGAAGAAUCUGGAGAACAAAUCUGUUGAAAAUAUCAAAUUGCAUCACCGAUCCCGACUGACUUAAACAGACAUGAGUAAGGAAAAACAUCAAAUCAUUUUAAAAACUUCGACUUCUCCUAUUCAUUUCCUUGCACUUGCUUCAAAAUCCAAUCCAACUUUUUCUCAAAGUUGCCAGGAGAAUCUCUCCAAUUAUUUCACAAUAUGGAGACUACACUAUUGUUUGUAAAAUAAUUUUUAUUGUAUUGUUGCCCUCUUCCACGCUUUGUUUGUCUUUCUCUGAUUGUUUUCUCCUGAUCUCUCAUUACUGAUGAAUUAGCCAUUUGACAUCAAAAUUCAGAGGAGUUUCUCCUGUGAUUAAUCCUGAACAAAUGUUCACUCGAUUCUAGAAUUUUCUGCAGGUAUUGUCCCGCAAGAACUGGCACACAGUUUCCCCUUCUUUAUAACCAAAGUUUGCCCCCGAUGCUUUUUUUAUUAUUAUUUAUACUAUCAGCCCAUUAAAGCUUAUGAUGACUGGAAAUAAUUGUAGGAUCUGUCUCGGUCACUCUGGGACAGCAAGCAUUUAAGAACAGGGAGUGGGACAGUGAAAUCCAGAGACAAAAAAAAAUACAUUUUUAAAUAGUACAGAAAAAUAGCGCCAUACAUUGCAAGAAGAUUUAAUUCUAGGAUUUAAUGGAUCAUUGUGCAGUGUGUUCUAAUGUCUCAAUAGCUGUCACUGAUGAAUCAACAUAUUGAUAUAAAAUAGCAAGUUCCUAUAAAUGAAGACAAUUAAAUACGUUCCUGCACAGAUAGACAGAUGGAUAGUUAAUGAUUUCGAUGUCUAAUAUUCAAAUCGUGCAAAUAUUAUAUUUGUGUCUGGUUUGAGCUCAUACAGGUUACAAUAGCCAUUUGCAACUUCAAAUGAUAAACUUUCAAUAUUCUUGCUGGUUACUCAGAUCAGUGAUACAUCAAACAGAGCCAACUGUUACCAUAUCUUCCAACAACAGGCAAGAACUCCGCGUUAUGGAAUAGAUUAGGAAGAUUAAUAAAUUCUCUCUUUUCCUCCAAUUCUCAGCGGAAAAAUUUAACCAUAUGGAAGGCGAAAAUUAGAAUUUCAUCACAUUAGUGCAAAAUGUAAUGAAAAGAGUCGAACACCUGGGGCCAACUCUGAAAGACACAAUUAAAAGGGUUUUAAUGAAAGCGGGGGGAACAAAUACACUGGUACCUCUGAUACAGAUUGAUUUGCUGAAGGUGUUGUAGGAUAUUGGUUGCGACUGAUGUCACAAGAAGGGAAACCAGCUACUAAACUUCCAGUUCCAUCAAGGAAUAUCAAAGUCAAACAGAAUAAACCCGAAAUGUGAAAUGAUUUUGCACUGCUUCUGUUCACACGGGAGGGAGGGUGGAGUGCUACAUAAAUACACCUCGACAAGUAUCCUCCUCCGGUUUUAUACUGGCCGCCUCUGCCUUCCCUGGACUCAGAGAGGGGGAGCAGAGAGAUGGAGCAUUAAGUGCGUUCAUUGAACGGCUGAAAGUCGCCACACAUGUCAGCGAAGGGCGCUUGCUCGAUUUCUAACGGGAGCUAAAAAAAAAAGCCCUGGAAAACAUACGCGUUAAGUUGUGUGUACAGAUGGCUGGAGGAAUAAUGGAGCAGGCGCUACGUCUCUAAGCAAGAGCUGUGUUUUCUUAUCUAUAGAAAGUGGAUGUAUACAUUCAGUGAUACACGGCUGGGGAGCCCUGCAGUUAGGGAGAGAGGGUGGGUUGUUGGGGGGGUGGGGGAUGGUGGGGUGGGAGAUCUGGCCGGCUGGGAUUGUUUGUUACCGUUUUAAUCCUAUUAAUUAAAACGUUAACCUGAUUGGUGGACGCACGGUCCCAAUAGGCAACCCUUCAUAAUAACCUGCUCUGAUAUAAUGAUGUAAAAAACAUUCCCGUCUGCUGAUCGGCACGGAAAUAUCUUGAAGGUGAAUCGAACCAGAUAAACGCUAACGAGGUGUUCACCAUCGUCAGGUCAGAGCAUAGGGGUUCACACACAAACAAAAAGAGAGAGAGAGGGAGAGAGGGGCAGAGGGCAGGCAUCACCAUCCAGCGGCGAAAAUCAAAGUGAGGGACAAGUUGAGAAAUUACCAAAUAGUUUAUGCAACAACGACGAGAAGGAAGAGGAGGAGGAGGGAAUCGCGAGAAUGGAAAGGAGCAGCGUCCACCUGAAUGGACCGCAGCAGGAGCAGGAGCUGUUACUCCCGGCUCUCAGCGCUCCGGCCACAAGGCUGGACAGGACCUUCCGCCCGGCAGCAGCAGCGGCCGCCGCUCUCGAACUCUCGCUGGCCGAGCCCCGCUCGCCGCUGGGCUGCUUCGAGGGGGCCGGCGAUCCGGACGGAGUAGCCCAGCAGGCGGGAGGAGGCGGGCAGCAGCACCGGGAGGGCAGCGGCGGGGACCAGAGUGUGGAUGAUGACAGCGAUGAGCGCUGUGAGUUAAUGCUGGUCCGGCCGGGGGCUGCAGACAGAGCGGUCUCUCUCAGCACCAGCGCCAGGGCAGACAGCAACUCCAACAGCAAGAAGAACAAGGAGCAGCGGGCCCUCCGGCUCAGCAUCAACGCCCGGGAGAGGAGGAGAAUGCACGACCUAAACGAUGCCCUGGACGAGCUGAGAUCCGUCAUCCCUUACGCCCACAGUCCGUCGGUCAGGAAACUCUCCAAAAUCGCCACGCUGCUGCUCGCCAAGAACUACAUCUUGAUGCAAGCUCAGGCUCUGGACGAGAUGCGGAGGUUGGUAGCCUACCUCAACCAGGGGCAAAGCCUCCCCACUGCCCUGCCCUCAGCCGCCGCCUCCCUCACCCCCAGCCUGGGAGCCUACGAUCCAGCAGGGGCAGCAGGUUACCCGUUCCCGGCCGGAGGGUUAGCAGCGGCAGCAGCAGCAGCAGCGGCGGCGGCCGGAGCGAACUGUCCAGACAAGUGUACGGCCAGCAACAGCGGCUCCCUCUACAACAAUGUCACAUCCAGUCUCUGCAAACAGUGCAGCGACAAGCCUUAAAGCCAACCGACACACACAAAAAAUAAUAAUAAUAAUAAUAACCCACCCAGGGCAAGUGACAAAACAACAUCGACAAACAAACAAAAUCAAAAUAUUAACACGACCCCAGGAAUGGACUUUGUUGUGUUUGUUUUUUGUUUGGAAGUUGUGUCUAGGAACUGAUGGUUUGUGCCAUAAAUAUCGUUGGAAAAGUUUUUUUUUUCCCGGGCCAGGAACUGGGGGAGACGAUCAACAAAAGAAAGUUUCUUUUUGUUUUUUUUUUGGAGAAAUGUAUCUUUCUGUUUUUGAGCAGCUGUCCAGCCGCGGCAAGGUUUGUGAUCUCAGAGAUUCCAUCAGUGUCACUAGCUACUAUGGAUUAUUCAUAUUAGUUUCAUCUGAUGCUUUUUAAAAACGAUACAAAAACCCUGUCUGCUGUGAUUGCGACUGCGUUACAGACUGAGUCCGUUAACUUCUCUUUAAAGUGUCCUCCAGAGUUAAAGAUAAAGCUACAAAUGGCCAUAAACUUGUUCCCUUUUUUUGUGUGUGUUUUCUCGACACGAUCAUCAGAAUUGAAAAGGUAAAGGAAAGGAGACCCGGAAAUCAGUUAUUGUGACAAAGCAAUUAGAUGUCAAUUUGUUCCUUCAGAGUUGGGCUUUAUAGGAAAAGGAGUUUAUGAAACUGUUUGACAUGACGCGGUUUUCUUUGUGUUUCAGGUUACUGUACAGAUUAAGAUGUGUUCAAAUAUUUUUGUUACGUUUCUUAUGACAAAAAAAACGCUAUUUACCCAAAGUGAGUUUUUAGUUUGCAUGACGGCACAGCACCUGUCCAUCUGCAAUAUAUAAAUAUAUAAAUCUCAUAUAAAGUAUGUAUAAAAGGGACUUGCCAUGUUUUUACUGAUGUGGUGUGUUUGAUUUGCAGUUUGUGUGAACCCUGCUGAUAAGUUGGUACCACUGCCUCUUUAAAGGGUCUGUUGGCAGCUGAUGAUGUAUGAAAGUGAUUAUGUACCAGCCUGCCCCAGAUUAUAAUAUAUAACCAUUUCUAUGUGUCAUCCGUGUUGGAAAACAAAUUUAUUAAACAUAUUUUGAACAA